UCACCAACUUCACUGUGCUUAUUGGAGACAAAGUGUAUCAGGGUGAAAUUACAGGGAAAGAGAAGAAAAAUAAUGACAGGGUCAAAGGGAGAAGGAACCAGACCACAGAAGAACAUGAAUGAUUUUGGACCUCCUCCUUCUACUAUUAUCAACCAAAAUGAAACUUUUGCCAAAGUUGUUUUUAAGCCUAGUGUGGUUCAACAAGCCAAGAUCGCCCAGAAUGGAAUCUUGGGAGAUUUCAUCAUCCGAUAUGAUGUCAAGAGGGAGCAGAGCAUUGGAGACAUCCAGGUUCUAAAUGGUUAUUUUGUGCACUACUUUGCUCCUAAAGACCUUCCACCUCUACCCAAGAACGUGGUUUUUGUGCUUGACAUAAGUGCCUCUAUGGUGGGAACCAAACUCCGCCAGACCAGGGAAGCCCUCGUCACGAUUCUCCGUGACCUCCGACCCCAGGAUCGGUUCAGUAUUAUUGGGUUUUCCAACCGGAUUAAAGUGUGGAAGGACCACUUACUACCAGCGACACCUGACAACGUCCGGGACGGCAAGAUCUACAUCUACCAUCUGUCACCCACAGGAGGCACGGAUAUCAACGGGGCCCUGCAGACGGCCAUCAAGCUGCUCAGCAGCUACGUGGCCCAGAACGACAUCGAGGACCGGAGCGUCUCCCUCGUCAUCUUCCUCACGGAUGGGAAGCCUACCUUUGGGGAGACCAGUGCCCUCAAGAUCCUCAGGAACACCAAGGAGGCCACCCAAGGUCAGAUCUGCAUCUUCACCAUUGGCAUUGGCAACGACGUGGACUUCAAGCUGCUGGAGAAACUGUCGCUGGAGAACUGCGGCCUCACACGGCGCGUGCGGGAGGAGGAGAACGCUGGGGCCCAGCUCAUCGGGUUCUACGACGAAAUCAGGACGCCCCUUCUCUCCGACAUCCGGAUCGAUUACCCCCCUGGCUUAGUGGAGCACGCCACCAAAACCCUCUUCCCCAACUACUUCAACGGCUCCGAGAUUGUCGUCGCCGGGAAGCUGGCCGACAGCAAGCUGGAUCGGUUACCCGUGCAGGUCACCGCCAGCAACAGCAAGAAGUUUGUCAUCCUGAAGCAGGACGUCCCCGUGGGGCCGCGGGGGCCAGGGAGCGGCGUCGCGGAGACCCCCGGGCCCGCGGGGGGCCGCAACCACGUGCAGCGCCUCUGGAGCUACCUGACCGUGCGCGAGCUGCUGAGCUCCUGGCUGCAGAGCGACCGCGAGCCCGAGAAGGCGCGGCUGCGGCUCAAGGCCCAGGCGCUGGCCCUGGCCCACCGCUUCCUCACGCCCCUCACCUCCAUGGAGCUGCCGCAGCCCGGGCCGGGCGCGCGCGCCCCCGGGGACCCCCCGGGCCCGCCCGCGGCAGAGGCGCAGCCAGGACCUGUGCUCAAGAAACCAUAUGACGCAAGAAUUAAAAUCUCCAAAACAUCAGUGGAUGGUGAUCCCCAUUUUGUUGUGGACUUCCCGCUGAGCAAGCUCACUGUCUGCUUUAACAUUGAUGGAGAGCCUGGGGACAUCCUACGGCUGGUCUCUGACCACAUGGACUCUGGAGUGACAGUGAACGGAUUGUUGAUCGGGGCCCCCGCCCCUCCGAACGGCCACAAGAAACAGCGUACUUACUUUGGCACCAUCACCAUCCUCAUCAACAAGCCAGAGAGAUCUUACCUGGAGAUCACACCCAGCAGGGUCAUCUUGGACGGUGGAGACAGGCUGGUGCUCCCCUGCAAUCAGAGUGCGGUAGUUGGAAGCCGAGGACUGGAGGUGUCCGUGUCUGCCAAUGCCAAUGUCACCGUCACCAUCCAGGGCACCAUUGCUUUUGUCAUCCUCAUCCACCUCUACAAGAAGCCAGCGUCCUUCCAGCGGAACCACCUGGGUUUCUACAUCUCCGACAGCAAAGGCCUUUCCAGCAACUGCCACGGACUGUUGGGUCAGUUCCUGAACCAGGAUGCCAAACUCAGUGAGGAUCCGGCAGGGUUCGGCCAAAAUCUCACUAGUCCUCCGUUGCCUCGGGAAGAAGGGUUGCCUGAGACCAUCCUAAAGGUGCAAGGGCGCCGAGUCCCAGUGGUCUGGAAGCAAAGGAAGAUCUACAAUGGAGAAGAGCAGGUGGACUGCUGGUUCGCCAGAAACAACGCCGCCGCGCUGAUCGACGGCAGGUAUGAAGAUUACCUGGCAUCACACCCGUUUGACACAGAGAAAACCCUGGGGAAGUCCAGGCGACCCAAAACCGGCAGCCUUUGUAAUCACAAUGCCUGAAGGGCAGAGACUUGGGACCACCGUGCUGUGGCUCUCGCAACGAGCUGUGCUUGGUGCUGGCCCCUGGUGGAGUGGAGAUCCAUGGUCUACUGAAGUGAGGGGCAGGGGCAGGAAGCUCGAGGAAAAAUGGGAGCACCAAGAGAAGAAAGGCGCUGGCUGAAGGAGAACUUGUAGCACGGGGCCUGUCCGUCUCGUAGCCUUCCAUAAAGUGACUCUUCCUGGUAAAGCGAGGUUGCUAUGAUACUGUGUUUGCUCGGUAGUAACGGCCAAGUUGGGUGCUCUGCUCUCCGUUUAGAUUCACGCUUGGAGUCCCUCCUGUUAGUUAUGUUUCCUGGGUGUGCGGGCAAGCUCUUCUCCAAAGAUCCCCCACUGAAGUCAGACCACCAUUCAUGCAAAUAGAAUUUAAACUGGAUCAGUGUAAAUCAUUAACUCUUUUCUCAGCAGAUUUAUUCUACUGUGUAACCUUGCCUUCAAAAGUUGGUUUUAAGCCGGACCUGGUGGCAUACUUCUUUAAUCCCAUCACUUGAGAGGGAGAGGUCGGGUAGCAUGAGUUCCGGCUCCCCUGAGACUACACAGUGAAUUCCAAGUCAGCUUGGGCUGUAGCAAGACCCUACCAUGAAAAAUUUUAAAAAAAUAGUUUACAUUUUUAAAAAUUGGUUAAAAAUAUAAGUCUACAUGCCAGAUACGGCAUCUUUCUAAUAGGCUUCAAAGAGCACUCUGCUUUGCUGAUAGAUAAUCACUUUAUUCCAAUAAGCAAGUGACUUUAUAACUUUGA